AUGUCGUUCGCUGGUGUAUCUGUCAUCGCCAACGGUGAGCUCCUCGGCUCUGACAGCUCGCCUACCUGCCCCAGCGCCAGCAGGUACCACUUGCUUGUCGUCCAAGGCCACUCGCGCAUGCGCGAAUCCAACAUAUCUCACUGUUUCUCCGUCGGAGGCUACCGCCGGCAAAUUGUGUAUAACCCCGCGCUCGAUGACCUGGGCAAAGACAGCAUCGUAGUACUUUGUGUUUUUCUCGACGAGAAACUAGACACCACUACAGGGCCCAUGAAGACGCACAUCAAGUUUAGCUUCGUUGACGAGACCGACAAGCAAGAGCCGACACGUAUCCAUGGUAGCAAAAUACUAGAGCUACGAGGCCAGUGCACUGAUGCAUUUAAGUAUAUCAAGAGCGCAGUCUUGGACAAACAUCUCAAGAACGUCAGUUUCACCAUCCGGUGCGACGUCGUGGUCCUAAAUCGAACAUGGGAGACCGCCUUCGUCACGGUGCCGCCGUCCGACAUGCAUCAGAACUUCGCCGACUUUCUCCUGGCAGGGGACGGCACCGACGUGGUCUUCCAUGUGGGCCGCGAGACAGUCGCCGCUCAUAGCUGUAUUCUCGUGGCCAGGUCUACGGUCUUCAGCGCAGCUCUCUUUGGCCCCAUGAAGGAAGGAACGUCCACGGCCGCCACUGUGCAUAUAGACGAUAUGUACGCUACAGUAUUCAAGGCCAUGCUGCAGCACUUGCUCGUCGCGGCAGACAGGUACAACCUCCCAAGACUCAGGGCGAUGUGCGAGAAGAAGCUUUGUGAGCACAUCGACGUGAGCACGGUGACCACCAUACUAGGGCUUGCCGAGCAGCAUGGCUGUGACGGGUUGAAGAAGGCGUGUUGCAAGUUCCUCCGGUGUGCGGACAACCUUAGGGCAGUGGUGGCCAUGGACGGCUUUGAUGAUUUGUGCAGGAGCUGCCCCACUCUUAUGAAGGGCAUGAUCCUUGGCGUUCUACCAGCAAAGUAG